AUGGUCAACAUAACGAUCUCUUCUCCAGCGGGAAGUAUCAUCUACACUGAUGAUUCUGGAACACAGUCUGUAUAUCAGAAUGGAGAUAUUGCUUGGACUCUCGCAGGCACUGCGCUCGUCUUUAUCAUGAUUCCUGGCCUUGGAUAUUUUUAUUCUGGAUUGCUAAGGCGGAAGAACGCAUUGUCAAUGAUUUACAUGAGUGUCAUGACUAUAGCUGUGGUCUCCUUCCAAUGGUUUUUCUGGGGUUACUCGCUGGCGUUCAGUGAGACUGGAAGCGCGUAUAUCGGAAACCUCAAGUACUUCGGGAUGAAAGGCGUCGCUGCAGCACCUUCAAUUGGCUCAGCUCGGAUUCCUGCUCUCGUCUUUGCUGUCUACCAACUCAUGUUCGCUGCAAUAACUCCCAUGCUCGCUCUUGGAGCUGUAUCAGAACGCGGUCGACUAGGGCCUUGUAUCGCCUUUGUAUUCAUCUGGUCGACUCUCGUCUACGACCCCAUCGCUUGUUGGACGUGGAAUUCUAAUGGAUGGAGUUUCGUGCUGGGUGGACUCGACUUUGCUGGUGGUUCUCCGGUCCACAUCUCCUCUGGAUCCGCCGCUCUCGCCAUCUCCAUUUACCUCGGAAAACGUCGAGGUUACGGAACUGAACGUUUAGCAUACAAGCCUCACAAUACUUCGUACGUGAUUCUCGGGACUGUUCUGCUAUGGUUUGGGUGGUUCGGUUUCAACGGAGGCUCUGCCCUCAGCGCUAAUCUUCGUGCCGCCAUGGCAUGCGUCGUCACGAACUUGGCCGCUAGUGUCGGUGGAUUGACUUGGAUGCUCUGGGAUUACCGGAUUGAAAGAAAAUGGUCCGCUGUCGGUUUCUGUAGUGGUGCUAUCGCCGGUCUGGUGGCUAUUACCCCUGGUUCUGGUUUUGUCGGCGCCCCUGCCGCUGUGCUAUUCGGUGUUAUGGCCGGCACGAUCUGCAAUUUUGCUACCCAACUUAAAUUCGUUUUUGGAUAUGAUGAUACUCUUGAUAUCUUCGCCUCCCACGCAGUCGGUGGUGUUGUUGGCAAUGUUCUCACGGGUCUUUUUGCUCAAGCCUCGGUAGCUGGUUUCGAUGGCAUAACCAUAAUUCCUGGUGGCUGGCUUGACCACCAUUAUAUUCAACUAGGCUACCAACUUGCUGACUCUGUCGCCGCUCUCUCCUAUUCGUUCGUCAUGACGACCAUCAUCCUCUGGCUUAUGCACUUUAUCCCGUUCCUGAGGAUGCGUGGCUCAGAGGAUGCAGAGAUCGUUGGGCUGGAUGAGUAUGAUAUGGGCGAGUUUGCUUAUGAUUACGUGGGAUUAGAACAGGAGAUUGGGCAUGAUAUUGAGACGAAGAUGAGCGAGGGGAUGACUACAGGAGGAAGGGAGCCACAUCACGAGCACCAUCAUAACGUGGAUGAGAAUAGUCUGGAGAAGGGACUUGGUUCGCCUGCUUGA